AUGUCUACCUUACUUCUCAACCUGGAUUUUGGGGAACCUCCUCCUAAAAAGGCCUUACAGGGGAAUUCCAAGCACCAAAGUUUUGUUAAGAAGCGGCGACUUUUGGAACGGAGAGGUUUGCUGAAUAAGAAGAAGCAGCCCCCUAGCAAGAUGUCUAGGUUGCACUCAGACCCUCCAAAAAAAGAGGAGACUUCUAAGGUAGAUCGCACUGGGAGGGCCCAUCACCUCCCCAAAAGGAAAGAGACAGCUGCCUCCAGCAGUGGGUCAGAGCAGUCCUUGAGUAAGAAAGUUGCAGUGCCUUGGCUGACCCCUGCCUCUUCACAGAAGGGUCUUUCUCUUGCGGCGAAAGUAGAUUUGCUGGGAGAAUUCCAGAGUGCCCUUCCAAAGAUUAAGAGCCAGCCAGCUUGCUCCAAGAAUAAACGUCCCCAGAAGAACCCUGCUCAGAAGAAUGCCUCACAGAACUCCACUCAUGCUCACUCUGAAAAUAGCUCAGGACUAUCUCAGGAGAUUCCAAGGAAGAUGGUGGCAGUUGACUGUGAAAUGGUGGGCACAGGGCCCAAGGGGCAUGUCAGUUCCUUGGCUAGAUGUAGCAUUGUCAACUACAAUGGUGAUGUGCUAUAUGAUGAGUACAUCCUUCCCCCGUGUCACAUUGUGGACUACCGAACCAGAUGGAGUGGCAUCCGGAAGCAGCACAUGGUGAAUGCUACACCCUUCAAGGUUGCUCGGAGCCAGAUCUUGAAGAUACUCACAGGCAAGAUAGUGGUGGGUCAUGCCAUCCACAAUGACUUCAAAGCCCUUCAGUACUUUCACCCCAAGUCCCUCACCCGUGACACCUCCCAUAUCCCCCUCCUCAACCGGAAAGCUGAGUGUCCAGAGAAUGCUACCGUAUCUCUGAAGCGUCUUACCCAGAAGCUGCUGAACCGGGACAUUCAGGUUGGGAAAAGCGGACAUUCCUCUGUGGAAGACGCCCAGGCCACCAUGGAGCUGUAUAAGUUGGUUGAAGUUGAAUGGGAACAGCACCUGGCCCAGAAUCCUCCAAAAGACUAG